UGGGAAUACUGAGAGUUUCGUGUUGUGCCAAAGAGGUUUAUACAGCUGGUACGUUCGAAAAGAUCGGGGCCUGUCAGAUCAUUGGCGAGAUCUCGCCAAUCAGAUUCUCUAUUGGAAAUUCAAUUUUUUAUUCGAAUUUUCAUUACUCGAUGAUUUGACUGUGGAACAUUGAAAAAUUAGAGGAGAGCUCGAAGGGGAGCUGGAAGUUGUUGCGACAUCCUUGGGACAAUUAUCAGUUUGCUACAACCACGUGUUGAUAAAAUUAUAUGUUUGCCAAGUUGCCAGUGCUUAAGAAUCCGCGAGUCGAUUUCUCCAGCUUGUACUCUCACUUCGCGAGAAUGGCGAGCACUUCGCCGGCUCUGAUGUCCAAAUUCGAUCCACCUUCUCGGUUCAAAGGCACCGAAAAGUCGGUCUGGGUCGAGUACAUCCAACUGGCCUUGAAAUACAAACCGUUGAAUCUCGGCCAAGGCUUCCCGGACUUUCCUGCGCCUGAUAAUGUGACCAAAGCUCUGGCAACUUCAGCCACCAGUGAGAAUCCCCUCCUGAAUCAAUACACUCGAGGAUUCGGUCAUCCCCGUUUAGUGAAUGCGAUCGGAAAAUUGUACUCGAAGCUUUUGAACAGAGAGUUGGACCCAAACAACGAGAUACUCGUGACCGCCGGUGCGUACGAGGCUCUCUUCGCCACUCUUCAAGGCCACACGAAUCCUGGCGACGAGUGGAUCAUCAUCGAACCUUAUUUCGAUUGUUACGUCCCCAUGGUCGUUUCGGCGGGGGGAAUACCGAGGUGCAUACCGUUGAAACCGACAAAAAGCACCGGCGUUGUGACCUCGGCAGACUGGGUGUUCGACAGAAAGGAGAUGGAAAGUCUGUUCAACAGCAAAACGAAAGGAAUCAUCGUCAACACGCCCCACAAUCCCGUUGGGAAAGUGUUCACCCUCGACGAGCUGACGUUCAUCGCCGAUUUGGCGAAAAAAUGGAACGCUCUCGUUGUCUCGGACGAAGUUUACGAGUGGAUGGUUUACGAGCCUUACGAACACAUUCGAAUCGCGACUCUUCCCGACAUGUACGAGCGCACGAUAACCAUUGGAUCAGCUGGAAAAACAUUCAGUGUGACCGGCUGGAAAAUCGGUUGGGCUUACGGCCCCUCGAGCUUGCUCUACAACUUGAAAAUCGUCCACCAAAAUUGCGUCUACACCUGCAGCACACCCAUCCAAGAAGCAGUGGCGAUCGGCUUCGAAGAAGAAUUCGCCAAAUUCGGCCAGCCCGAUUGCUACUUUCACAGUCUCGUUAAAGAACUCCUGCCGAAGAGAGAUUACAUGGCCAAGUUCCUGACCGAAGUCGGAAUGUCGCCGACCAUACCCGAGGGCGGCUACUUCAUGGUCGCAAACUGGAAAGCUCUCGAAAAUAACGUUCGCCUUGAUGAAGAAACCGACGAGAACAGGGAUUACAGAUUCACCAAAUGGAUGACGAAAAAUGUCGGCGUCCAGGGCAUCCCGCCCUCCGCCUUCUACAGCCCGCAAAACAAACACCUCGGCGAGGAUAAUGUCAGAUAUUGUUUCAUCAAGAAAGACGAGAACCUGAGGAAAGCUGCAGAUAUAUUGCUCAAGUGGAAAUCGAGUCAAGCCUGAUUAGAAGAUUGUCAGAGUUACGUCAACGAAUUCAAAGUAGAAAAUCAAAGACGGUUAUUCGCGAGUCUUCCAGGUGUUUCAUCGAUCUCGCAAAAUCGUAGAGCGAAUUCAAAUGUUGUAAAAUUCCACUUGUAUUUUUGUACGUAAAAACGAUCAAAAAAUUUUAUUUUAUUGAGCUGCGUA